GGUUGAUAGCGUAAAACGGGCGGGCUAAACAAGUGACAGCGUAGAGCAAACUUUGUUAGCUUGCUGCUAAUUUUCCGAGUUGGAAAUGUCCUACACUUGAAACAAUCCCGCUGGGAAUCACCGGAAAGAUAUGAGCUGCCACACAGACGGCGACGAUGGAGACCUCUGCGGAUGGGCCAGUUCAAUGCUGGUACACGGCAAGAACGACAUCACGGCCGUGACAACCCGAGUGCAACAGUUUGUGGAGGAGAGGAUGCAGACCACCAUGCUCACAGGCGUGCUAAUCGGCGCCACCAUCGCAGUCGCAAUGAUCGGGAUCGUGGUGCUCUUCCUGUACCGGAGGUUCAAACAUGCUCGUGAACAGCAGCCUGGCGUGCCUCACUACCGCUUCAGAAAACGAGACAAAGUGCUCUUCUAUGGACGAAAAAUCAUGCGCAAGGUCCAGACAUUGUCGUCAAUUCCUCCGCCUUCUUCAUCGUCUACCUCAGUGUCAAAGCAGCCACAGCGUGUGCGCAAGAGAACCAAAGUGCUAAGCAUUGCUCGCAAAAUCCUUCGGAUCCGCAAGGAUCCGCCUACCCUGCAGCCCAAAGAACCUCCUCCAUCGCUGCUGGAGGCCGACCUGACCGAGUUUGACGUCCAGAGCUCCAACCUGCCCUCUGAGGUCCUCUACAUGCUGAAGAACGUCAGGGUGUUGGGACACUUUGACAAGCCCUUGUUCCUGGAGCUGUGUCGCCACAUGGUGUUCAUUGAGCUGCAGGAGGGCGAGGGUCUUUUCAAGCCCGGGGACGACGACGACAGCAUCUUCGUGGUCCAGGACGGACGACUGGAGCUGUGCAUCUUUGAGAACGAUGGCACAGAAGUGGCAGUGAAGGAUGUUCUUCCCGGAGACAGCGUCCACAGCUUGCUCAGUAUUCUGGACAUCAUCACUGGUUAUCCGGCCCCUUACAAGACUGUAUCAGCACGAGCAGCCACACGCUCCACCAUCUUACGCUUACCUGCGUCAGCCUUUGAGUCUGUGUUUAAAAAAUACCCCGAGACGCUAGUGCGCGUCAUUCAGAUAAUCAUGGUGCGCCUCCAAAGAGUCACCUUCUUGGCGUUACAUAACUACCUGGGCCUAACGACGGAGCUCUUCAACCCGGAGAGUCAUGCGGUGCCUUUGUCCAAUGUGAACUCUGUAACAAGUGAGGCCAUUGCUGGCAAGACGACUCGCCGUUUGCACUUCCAGGAUGAGCUAGCGACGGGGACCAUUGAUAGUCCUGCAGAGUCAGGGGAUGGCAUAAAGGACAGUCCUUCAAACAGCUACAGGAAGCAGCGAUCCAUCUCCAUGACCACCGACAGCGCAGGCAACGACAUGAGCAUGGUAUGUGAAAGGGCUCGGGUCAACAUUGAUGAAACGCCGCCCAGUCCCGCCACUCAAAAGUCUAGCCUGAAGAAGAGCGUCACCAUGCAGCACACGCCCUCUGAGGUGUUUCACUACACGGACAGCGGGGGGCAGCCUGACGGCGUCCACCUCAGCAAGAGUGGCACCAUCUUCCAGGCGGCUAAGAAGGACCUGCUGGCAAUCAUCCAGCUGCAGGAUCCCAGCCUGCUGGAGGGAAGAGUGACCCUCCAUCAAGUCAAAGCUGGUUCCGUGGUGGCUCGGCAGGGAGACCAGGAGGUGAGCAUUCAGUUUGUCAUAUCGGGCCUCCUCCACGUUUACCAGCGGAUGAUCGACCGCGAGGAGGACACGCGUCUCUUUGUGACGCACCCCGGAGAGCUCGUCGGUCAGCUCGCUGUCCUGACGGGAGAGCCGCUCAUAUUUACUGUCCGAGCCCAACGAGACUGCAGCUUCCUCUCCAUUUCCAAAACGCACUUCUACGAGAUCAUGCGCGUGGAGCCAAAAGUCGUGCUGAACGUCGCUCACACGGUGGUGAGGAGGAUGUCGUCUUUCGUCAGACAGAUCGACUUUGCGCUGGACUGGAUGGCAGUGGAAGCCGGCAGGGCCGUGUACAGGCAGGGGGAGAAGUCCGACAGCACCUUCAUUGUGCUCAGCGGACGACUGCGCUCCGUGAUAAUGAAGGAGGACGGAAAGAAGGAGCUGAUAGGAGAGUACGGCCGCGGUGACCUGAUUGGUGUGGUGGAGGCGCUGACCCAUCAGAACCGAGCCACUACGGUCCACGCGGUGCGGGACUCUGAGCUGGCCAAGUUGCCGGAGGGUGCUCUGAGCUCCAUCAAGAGGAAGUUCCCCCAGGUUGUCACCCGGCUCAUCCAUUUGCUCGGGCAGAAGAUCCUGCAGCAGGUUAAUGUUCCUCUAACAGCUCGCAGUUUGGCGCUGCACACCCCCGGCAGUAAGUGGGACGCGGGCAACCAGGCCUCCAACCUCUCCACCGUGGCCGUCCUGCCGGUUUCGGAGGAGGUGCCACUCACCGCUUUCACAUUGGAGCUGCAGCAUGCGCUCCUCGCGAUUGGUCCCACUCUUCUACUGACGAGUGAUAUCAUUAAGCAGCGCCUUGGAGCCGCAGCACUCGACAGUGUUCACGAAUAUCGUCUGUCCAGCUGGUUGGGCCAACAGGAAGACAUCCAUCGUAUAGUUCUCUACCAGACGGACUCCACGCUGACCCCCUGGACGCAGCGGUGCAUUCGCCAGGCCGACUGCAUUAUAAUUGUGGGCUUGGGCGAGCAGGACCCUGCCGUCGGCGAGCUGGAGCGCAUGCUGGAGGGAAGUGCCGUGCGCGCCCAGAAGCAGCUGGUGCUUCUGCACAAAGAAGACGGUCCCCGGCCCAAGGGGACAGUGGACUGGCUGAACAUGCGCAGCUGGAUCUCCCGACACCUCCACCUGUCCUGCCCACGCAGGGUCUUCUCCAAGCGGAGCCUGCCCAAACUGCUGGAGCUGUAUCAGCGUGUGUUCGAGAAGCCCGCGGACCGCCACUCCGAUUUCUCCCGACUGGCCCGAGUCCUCACUGGGAAUGCCAUAGCCCUCGUCCUGGGAGGAGGCGGGGCCAGGGGUUGUUGCCAGGUGGGUAUCGUGCGAGCACUCUGCGAAGCUGGCAUCCCAGUCGACCUGGUUGGCGGCACUUCCAUCGGGUCCCUGAUGGGAGCGCUCUACGCCGAGGACCGCAGCCACAGCCGCAUGAGGAUGAGAGCACGAGAAUGGGCCAUGGAAAUGACUUCGGUGUUUAAGAAGGUUCUGGAUUUAACAUACCCAGUCACCUCCAUGUUCUCUGGCGCCGCCUUCAACUCCAGCAUCAGCAAUGUCUUCAAAAGCAAGCAGAUUGAGGACCUUUGGAUCCCGUAUUUCAAUAUCACAGCUGACAUCAGUGCCUCUGCAAUGCGAGUCCACACUGAUGGUUCUCUAUGGCGUUACGUACGGGCCAGCAUGUCUCUAUCGGGGUACCUGCCCCCACUCUGCGACCCCAAAGAUGGGCACCUUCUUAUGGAUGGAGGCUACAUCAACAACCUGCCAGCUGACGUGGCACGCUCCAUGGGGGCCAAAGUGGUGAUAGCGAUUGACGUGGGCAGCCGCGAUGAAACCAACCUCACUAAUUACGGCGACUCGCUGUCAGGCUGGUGGCUGCUAUGGAAACGCCUCAACCCCCUGGCAGAGAAAGUCAAGGUGUUGAACAUGGCAGAAAUUCAGACUCGCCUGGCCUACGUGUGCUGCGUACGACACCUGGAUACUGUGAAGAACAGUGACUACUGCGAGUAUAUCAGACCUCCCAUCGACAGAUACAGGACGCUGGAGUUUGGGAAGUUUGAUGAGAUCGCCGAGGUGGGAUACCAACACGGCAAGACGGUGUUUGAUGUGUGGAGUCGCAGCGGCGUAGUGGAGAAAAUGCUGAAGGACAGACACCAGGAGGAGUUUCACAACACUCAGUGCAAGAACAAUGUGUUGACGUGUCCCAACGCUUCCUUCACUGACUUGGCAGAAAUUGUGUCCCGCAUUGAGCCUGUCAAACCUGCCUUGGUGGACGAGGAGUCAGACAACCACACUGACUAUGACGAGGAGGCGGUGGAGAGCGCUCUAUCUGACCUGGAGCUAUACGCUCACUAUGGAGAGCACACUGAAGGGGAGGAGACGGCAGACACGGAUGAAGAACUGGAUGAUAGAAGCGGUCGCCGCCGCAACCACGCACUCUCGGAACAUCAACAACAUUCACUGAACAACUCCACAAAUCAUGAAGUACUUUCCAAGCCGUCCAGCAAGUGAUGGAGGACGUCUACUUUUGCAGGAAGCGUUAAGCACCUCCAUCUAUACCACAUGACUCUAACCUGUUACCUUCACCAAGAUGCACCUGCUGAUCGUCAGUAAGUGCAGGUGCACCACUGCCAUCAUCAUUAUCACCAUUUCUCAUAUUGAGACUAUAGUUGGAUCGCACCAGAAGAAGGAGAAGGAAUUGCAACCGCAAGGUAAUCUACAGGAAGGAGUAUUAAUCAGUGCCACACUGGAAAAUGUUCUUUAUUCUUGCAGUGUGUCCCUAAGGCUGCUUCGUACAUUUAUUUGAAAAUAACACACAAAAAAGAAUCUAUGCAGAAUUUGCUAUGAUUUUGUGCCAUACGUAGUUUGUUUAUCAGAGAAUUCAGAAAAAAAGAACAAACAGAGCCUAAAUGUGUUGUCCUCGUUAUAAGCGCCUUGCUGGCUCACUGUUGCCUCUUGAGGAACAAAGUGGAAUUACUAGCGCGUACGAAGUUGCUACCUUUUCAGUCCUUACCGCCUUGACUAAUUGUCACUUCAACAAUGUUACUGUUUCGAUGUACACGACUGUCUUUAGCGUUUCCGUGCUGUGCAGGAGAUGGCAAAAGUUACCCAAGAACCAUGCAGGAGAACACGGGUAGCACCUGUGUAAAAGUAGUUGCAUGGGCACCGUCACUCCACAGAUGCACUUCAACGCAAACGUUCAUUCAUUCGCUGAUAUUUACUGACUGAUGGUCCUUCCUGGAGGACUAUUUUAUAACAAAGCAUUUACUUGAUCACUAGCAUUACUAUUUACUGUGAAUGUAGAGAUAUGGCAUUAAUCAUCCUCACCUCAACAUAUAUCACUCAUUAAAAUAGCUGAUUAUUAAUUGUAUUGUCAUUUUUUGUAAAGUUUUGAUGAUACAGGUAAUUAUUCAUUUUUUUAUUGGGGAUAUUUGGACAAUAUGAGUAAUAGGGCCACAUCGAAAAAAGAAAAAUCUGAGAUUUUGAGAAUAAAGUCGUAAAUAUGAGAGAAUAAAGUUGUACAUUUACUAGAAAAAAGUAGUAAAUUUCUGACUGUAUUGUCGGAAAUUUACGAAAAAGUCACAUUUAGGAAAAUAAAGUUGUACAUUUUACGAGAAAAAGUCGUAAAUUUACGAGAAAAAAGUCAUCCACUUCCGAGAAUAAAGUUGUAUAUUUACGAGGGAGUCGUAAAUUUACGAGAAUAGAGUCAUAAAUUUACGAGAAUAAAGUCGUACAUUUACGAGAAUAAAGUUGUACAUUUACAAGAGAGUCGUAAAUUUACGAGAAUAGAGUCAUAAAUUUACGAGAAUAAAGUCGUACAUUUACGAGAAUAAAGUUGUACAUUUCUGAGAGAGUCGUAAAUUUAUGAGAAUAGUCGUACAUUUACGAGAGAGUCGUAAAUUUAUGAGAAUAAAGUCGUACAUUUACGACUAAAAAAGUUGUACAUAUACGAGAAAAGUCUGAAUAUUACCUUUGCUCAAGGCCAAAGGUCAGAUAAGUCCCCGCUUUUCAUAGCUGUCUCAGGCAGUGCCUGUUACAACAGAGUAUUAAAAUCUGAGAUUUCGAGAAUAAAGUGGUAAAUUUCAGAGAUUUUUUUUUUUUUUCGAACUUUAUGUUACAGGCAUUGCCUGAGACGGUUAUGAAAAGGGGGGGCUUAUGUGACCUUUGGCCUUGAGCAUGUGGAGGCGGCGGGUAAGGAAGGCGGAAGUGAGAAGGGCUAGCCAUGCUAAUCUGUUUGUGCUUCACUGCUCUGUUUUGCGCCACGUUAUAAAUAAAAGCUUGCCUGAAACAAGAGGUUCUUCCUGACAGAAGAGCUGUGCUCUAUUUUCCCUGACACUUGUGACACCAUGACACCUAAUAUUACCACUUUAUUCUCGUAGAUGUAGGACUUUUUUUCUUGUAAAUUUACAACUUUAUUCUCGUAAAUUUACGACUUUAUUCUCGAAAUCUUCGAUUUUUUUUUUCCCAUGUGGUCCUAAUAAAUAGUCAUAGGACAAAAAUAUGGGGACACCCAGCUGUAAUAAGACAGACAGUGCGCCCUACAGGGGGCGCUAUGACAUCUUCCACUCCUUUGGGAAGACUUGCUACAAGAUUUGGUUAAAUGAACUGGAUAGGGGGUGUGUGUCUGUACGUUUUCAAAUACAGUAUGUCAAAUCAUGUUUUCCUUUUCAUCUCCAUACGGCCAUAAUGGGCCUUAAUAGUGGCAUUCCUGUGCCCAGAGCCUUAUCCAAGUGCAGUAGAACCUCUAAAGUAGAACUUGAACCGUUCCGGGAUGCUUGUUGACCUCUCCAUUUCCCUUGUAUUUUUGUUUUAUUUUGUUUUGUUUUGCUUUUUGUUUGGUCACGCAAGUGUACAAAUAAGCCUACCACUGUAAAAUGUCAUUACGAACAAGCGCUCAAUUUUAACUUGAAUGACAAAGCAGUUGCAUCGUAGCCUUCUUAAAGGAAAAGUGCACUUUUUGGGGGAAUUUUGCCCAUCAUCCGCAAUCCUAUGUGAGACAUGAACACACAUGUCUUUCUCUUUUCUGUGCGUUCUAAAGAUAUAAAAACAGAUAAAAAAAAAAGAGGCAGCUAAUUAAUGCAUGUAAUGGGACACACCUAUGCUGCCUGCGAAGCCCGCUAUUAAAACACCUCCAACAAGGUUUCAUGGUUUUAUAUCCAUGCUGUGAGCAUGUAGUAAGAGGCACAUUCAUAAUAACAUGUAAUACUUCCAGUAUUUUCAUGUAUUUUGAUCAUUUUAAGCAUUAGUGGAACUUCCUUCCUAGGCGCAUUGAUUUCACAUAGCAACAUAGAAAGGAACGCUAGACCUAGCGUUAACUUUGCCAAACUCAAAAACCAAAACGCAGCAGCAUUGGCGGCAGCUCCAACAUGUAGUGUUACCUUUCGCUGGUGGCGGGCGUGUGUGGUGAAGCUAGCCAGCUAGUAACUAGCUGGUGUGGUGUGGCGAGGUGUCACUAUGCCAGUGAUGGAGUUCUUUGGCGUAACAAUGUCAAUAACCAUAAUAAUAACAAUGUCGCUGCAGCUUGGUUAAUAUGCAGGUUAUAUUAUAUGUACAUGGAGCAUUGUUGGCGCUUUUUAGAGGUUUUAUCAGAAGGCUUUAUAGGCAGAAUACUGUAGGUGCGUCCCAUUACUUGCAUUCUUACCUGCCUCUUUUUAUGUUUUUACAGCUUAAGAACGCACAGAAAUGAGAAAGUCGUGAGGAUUGUGUGUGAUGGACACAAUUAUAAAAAAAGCAUUUUUCCUUUAAUUAUUGCACAAGUGUAAAAACAAGUGAACCACUGUAAACAUAAAAGAUGCCUUAACUUUGGUGGGAAGCUGGAAUGUGUAACGCUACGAAAUCAUCAUUAAUAAUAAUCAUAAAACCUCAGUUCAGGGGAGUCCAAAGGUUUUUCCAGCGAGGGCCACGUAGUGAAAAAUGCGACUUUGCCACUUUGAUGCGUUGUAAAGCAACACAUGUAGAUAUGCAAAAGGGUUGUAUUUAUUUCAAGAAAAUACUGCAUCUCAGCUUUGUCAUAUAGGUGAAAAUGCAUAUUAUUAGUAUCAACUUCAUCCUUUUUUCUCAUUUUUUGCCAGUUUUUAAAAUGUUCCAAAUAUUUUAACUUUCUUCUUUAAAUAGUCUCCGUAAAAUUUAUUCUCGUAAAAUUAUGACUUUUUCUUGUUAGAUAUUUUUUUUCUCUGUUAAUGUUUUGACUUUAUUAAUUUAAAUUACUGCAGAUUUUUUUUCUUUUUUUACUUUUUUUUUUUUUUUUUAGAUUAAAUUAUAUCUUUAGAGUGUGCCAUGGGCGAUUAAAAAAAAACAGCUGCGGGCUGGAAAUGGUCAUACAAUGGUCAUAUAUAACAAUAUGUAAUAAUUGAUUUUAUAUUUAGUUGAUUUAAUUUCUCUUUAGGAGUUCUGAAGUGCAGAAUCAAGAGGACCGCAUGCAACUAGCUCCAAUUUCCUUUUUUUGAAACCAAAUAAAUAUUAAAACACCACCGCCAGGUAGCAUAAAUCACCAAUAGUGGUUUCAAAGAAAAGAUGAACAGAAAAAAUGUUGAUAUUUUUGUAAAUUACAAAUUGCACUGCAAAAACAUUGUCGGAAAGUUUCAUUCAGCGUAAAUAAAAUAACUGGCUUGCAGUCAUGUUGUCGUUACGACAGAUAACUAUCACUAGCUGACAACAAACUUAAUUAGUGUGCGCGCGUGUGUGUGUGUGUGCGCGCGCGUGUGCGUGUUAUGUCAGCGUACUCAAAGCAGGAAGAGGCGGGACAUAAAGCUAGCAGUACAUUUGAAUGUUGGCGCCCUCUAGGCACCAUACAGUACCUUUUAAUAAAGUGCGGCCCGGGGACCGUUUGCUAACCGCUGCUAUUUUUUUAUUGGCCCGCUACACAUUCUAAAAAUAUAAUUCAGCAAGAAAACUACAAAAAAAAUACAGCUAUAAUUGAAAAAUCUGCAGUAAUUUUAUUGGGAUAAAGUAAAAAUAUUAAAACUAAGAAGUACUCUAAUAAGAACAGUCGUAAUUUUAUGAGAAUAAAAUAAUAGGAAAAACUAUGUUGUUUUAGUAGCAUAAAGAUUACAUUUUAAAGAAACAAUACAUUAUUUUUUUUACAAGUCGUAAUAUUAUGAGAAACAAAGCAACAAAUGUCGUCAUGUGUAUUAAAUUAGGUUGCAGAAAAAGUUGUAAUGUUAUGAAAAUAAAGUGAAAAUAUUAUGGAAAUAAAGUCAGAAUUGUGAAAGGAAAAUUUACAAGAAGAAAGUUUAAGUAGUUGGAAAAUAAAACAAAAUAAAACAGAAGAAAUGUGGGGGAAAAGCUGUAACUUUACAGGAAUAAAGUCAAAAUAUCAGGAGAAAAACGUUGCAUUCUAAAAACAAAAAAGCCGCAAUUUUUACGAGAAUAAACUUGUAAUAUUAAGAGGAAAAAUAAUGUAAUUUUAUUAGCAGAUAGUUUAAUAGAGUUUAUUAGAGAAAAAAUUUCAUUUUUUAAAAGUUGGAAUGAUAUGAGGAAAAAAAAUGUCUAAAAAUCUAAAUAUGGGUAUAAAUUCAUUAAAUUAUGAAGGGAAAUUUUACAAAAAUUAUUGAAGAAGAAAGUAGAAAUAUUUGGCAAAUAAAAAAAAACAAUGGCAAAAAAUGAGAAAAAAAGACUGCAGUUGAUACUAAUAAUAUCCGUAGGUUUUUCACAAAGCUGAGAUUAAAUAUAUAUAUAUAUAUAAAUAUAUGUGUGUGUGUGUAUAUACGUAUAUAUAUGUAUAUGUAUGUAUAUAUAUAUAUAUAUGUGUGUGUGUGUGUGUGUGUGUGUAUAUAUGUACAUGUGUGUAUAUAUAUAUGUAUAUAUUUUUUUUUCUAUAUAUAUAUAUAUAUAUAUAUAUAUAUAUAUAUAUGUGUGUGUGUGUAUAUGUGUGUGUAUAUAUAACUUUUUAACAUAUCUACAUUGUUGCUUUUAGCAACGUGCAGCCCCGUUUCCCGUCGUCGAGUGAACAAUCCACUCUCAUUUGUCCGUUUACGCAUUUCACCGGGAAGCGUUGCCAAACAGGAGCCGUUACCGGCAGAAGCUCCGUCUUCUCCUUGCCGCUAUCACGAGGCGGUUACUCUUCCUGUCCCUCACUCCAUGUGUGGCGGAGAAAUGGGAUGACGAGUACAUGCACCGUUGCACACCUUUCUUGAGGCUGCUCCUUCUUUUUUGUGUAAAAUUGAGCAAAACAAAAAGCCAAAGAAAAUGCUAAACACUGCACAGUCGGGCCUUUGGUCUUUUGAAUUCCCAACCCUACGACCUAUGGGAGACUUUAGAGGUUCCACUGUCGAAGCAGUCAGCGCUCGUGUUGGCUAAGUGAAUUGUGUUUUCUCCCUUUUGGGGCAUUUCCAAAAACAAAGCACAAAGGAUUGAUGCUGUCUGUUGCAGACGCCCUGACUGCUUUACAGCUCGUUUUUUAAACGCUGAUGGAUGAGAUGCUGAUGCGAUGUUUGGACCCAUGCCAGGUGGCACUAACAAACACACACACACACACACACACACACACACGAGUGCUCAAUGAUAUGCCUUCGCACCAUGGCUUUAAUGACUUCAGCGUAUGUGUGUAUUCCUUAUGUUAUUUCGUCAUCAGGUGCUAGUAAUAAACCACUA